ACAAUACCUACAUUUACAUCCGCGGUCGCGCAGGCGCAGUCGUGACGUGACGUAAUUGUCCAUUCAUACUUUUUGUUCAUCAAUGAACAGAACGUUUGAAAAUAUUUUAUUGAUAAUACGUUAGCCAAACAUAAAUUUCAUAAUGUUAAAUUUUAUUGAUAAAUGUAAAAGGUGUCGAGUAUUAACUUACCUCGUAUAAUUGUAAAUCAAGGUUGUGUAGUUAGAUCAAAAGUGCAUUCAUUCAUUGAUAGUAAAGUGCAUGUAUCGAGCACAUGCGCAUUGCAUUGGUGAAUUUGUUCGAUUUGGAAAGUGUUUAAAGUGUUCAAAACGUUAGAAAAUGUGGACAUCAAUGGAUUUUGUUCUUACUCUUUAUUGGAGCUGAACUCCUGAGUCAACUUGUUGAAAACAGGCUCAAGUAGAACAUUACGACACUCCGGAAGUGGCGGGACAAGCAAGCCGGCCGAGCUCGUUCCGAAAGAGAUAACAACGGAUGAAAGAGAUAAAUAGUAAUGGAUUUAACAUGGCGGACGAUACGCGUAAAGUGCGAGUCGAAGAAAGAUUAAAAAUAAAGAUCGGUGAAGCAAAAAACCUGCCAGGUCGCAGCCAUGGCGCGGCGUGCCAUCGCGACAUCUACUGCGUGCUGUCGCUUGACCAGGAGGAGAUAUUUCGCACAUCCACCAUGGAGAGAACUCUCAAUCCAUUUUUCGGCGAGGAGUUCCAAUUUGAGGUGCCCCGAAGAUUUCGAUACUUGUCAAUAUACGUGUUUGACCGUGACAAACACCUCAAACAGGACAAAGUGCUGGGUAAGGUGGCCAUUAAAAGAGAAGAUCUACACAGAUAUAACAAUAAAGACCACUGGUUCGCACUGCGGCCGGUCGAUGCAGACUCUGAAGUGCAGGGGAAAGCAUAUAUUGAGCUCUCCCUUGAAGAUUCGAGAAAACGGUUACGAAUGGAGCCAAAACCCCCUGAUCCUGACCCGGCUGCCGACAACAGCUCGUCGAAGACCAAAGGAAAAAAUUUCGUCCGUAUAUCAGAAUACUGUAAAGAGAGCAUGAGGUUUGGCUCGUGCUCGAGUUCUACGAGUAAAAAACUUCUCAGUGCUGUGGCAACAGAACCUACACUGACACUGUCGCGCUCAGAGAGUUUGAAAGAUCGAGCUCAGUGGGGCACACGGACGAAACCUCAUAUACAUACGAUGUCCGAAUCGGACACUCCCACACCCACCGCCGUCGACUAUUGGUCGGACCCAGAGAGACAUUGCGCAGCGCGCGUCGGACCAGAUACCUUGCGACUCAGAGUGCUGGAAUGUUCUGAACUCACCACAAAGAAUGGACAGUGCGACCCGUUCGCUCUCGUCACGUUGUUGUACUCGAACGGGCGAAGAGUAGAAAAGCGCACAAAACCUAGAAAAAAGACUGUUAACCCUCAAUUUGAUGAAUUUUUCUGUUUUGAUCUCGUAAUGGAUUCCGAUCCAAAAGACAAGGAUGCAUCUCAAUCGCCGGGUGUAGCGUGCGAAGCGAGGGUUUCCGUGUGGCAUGACUCAGCGACACCUGUUUUCCUCGGGGAAGUGCGAUUACAAUUGCGGCAACCUGCACCGUCACCUUUACGCGCUUGGUACUUCCUAACGUCCCGCGCGGGCGGCGCCCUGUCCCGCGGGGCGACCCCGCCGGGCACGCGGCUAUCCGCGGCGGGCAGCGCCACGCUCGGCUCACUCCGACUUCUACUGCAGUACACAGUCGAUCACGUUUUCCCUUUAGAGCACUAUAAGAAACUGGAGGAAUUGUUCCUACGUAGCGUCCAUCAGAAGCCUAUAGCAGCGUCUGCAGUGUACAUCCUGGGGGAGAUAGUGUCAAGUAAGACUGACGCCGCCCAGCCCCUAGUGAGGCUAUUCACACACCAUGAUCUCAUCGUGCCUAUCGUUAAGGAGCUCGCUGACGCAGAGAUAUCCGUUCUUACCGACGCGACGACAAUUUUCCGUGGCAAUACACUAGUGUCGAAGAUGAUGGACGAGGCGAUGCGGCUGAGCGGCGCGGCAUACCUGCGCUCGGUGCUGCGGCCCACGCUGGCGGCCGUGCUGGCCGAGCGCCGGCCCUGCGAGAUCGACCCCGCCAGGGUCAAACCCUCCGCCGCCGUCACCGCUAACCUUGCUAAUCUCAAGGAGUAUGUUGAAAGGGUAUUCGGCGCGAUAACGUCUUCAUACGCGAUGUGUCCGGCGGCGAUGUGCCGACUGUUCGACGCUCUGCGGCAGUGCGCCGCGCGCCACUUCCCGCGGAACGCCGAGGUCCGCUACUCGGUCGUCUCGGGCUUCAUCUUCCUGAGGUUCUUCGCGCCAGCCAUCCUCGGCCCAAGACUCUUCGAUCUCACCACCGAGCAAAUUGACCCUCAAACAAACCGGACUUUAACGCUAAUCUCGAAGACGAUCCAGUCCCUGGGAAACUUGGUGAGCAGUCGCUCAGCACAGCAGGUCUGCAAGGAGGAGUACAUGGCCGAACUGUACCGUAGCUUCUGCACGCCAAGACAUGUGCAAGCAAUAAGGCAGUUCCUCGAAAUAAUCUCCACCAGCACUGAUACGCAAAACAACAAUAUACAAGAGACGCCUGUCUUACUAAAAGAAGGAACUAUGAUCAAGCGGUCGGAAGGGGUGCGCGCGGGUGGAGGCGGUGCGGGCGGGGGCGCGGGCGGCGGCUCGCCGCGCCGCCGCUGGACGCGGGCUGCGCACGCGCACGCCAAGCGGCGGCACUUCCGCCUCACCAGCGGCGAGCUGACGUGGUCGCGAUGUGGCGCGAAAACGCCGGCCCACCGGCUGCCUCUGUCGGGAGUACUGGCCGUCGCCGCGGUCGAUUGCCCGCCCGCUGGCGCCCCCUUGGGGGCCAACAAUAUCUUCCAGAUAGUGCACCGCGAGCGCGUGCUGUUCGUGCAGGCGGGCAACUGCGUGGAGCGUGCGGAGUGGGUGCGGCUGCUGGCCGCGCUGUGCCGCCACUCGCCCGCUGCGCCCGCGCACCACGGCUACUACUGCGCCGCGCGCUGGACAUGCUGCGGGCGCGAACAGGCGGACGCGGAGGGCUGCGGCGGGUGUGCGCAGGCGACGGAGGCGGGCGAGCGCGAGACGCGGCGCGGGCCGGCCGCGCUGGCGCUGCGCCUCGACCCCGCGCGCGACCUGCAGCGCCUGCACGCGCUGCUCGUCGCGCACGCGCCGCGCCUCGACGACCGCCUGCACCGCCCGCGCCACCACCACGAGGGCACUACCGUGGAGGAGCGCGAGGCGGAGGCAGCGACGCUUCGCGAGCUACAGGAGGCCAUGUUUCACCUGGAACACCGCCAUCGCACCUACCGGCGGUCGCUCGCCAGGGAGACCAAGUACGGCAGCAAGCAAGCACCCAUAGGUGACGACAACUACCUGCAUUUAGCUGGUGCUACGGGCAGCGUCGACAGCGGCCAGUUUCUAUGGCGACCGUGGCGCAGCGACACUUCGCCCACCGUAGACUUGGACGGCACGACGCUACCCCUGCAGUCAUCGCUCGACAUCGGUUCCAGUACGGAAUCGCUAAAGCUCGGCCGGCACGGCGACGAGCGGUCCUCCGGAAAGUCCACUAAGUCCACAGGGAGUGGGUAUCUCACGAUGUCCUGCCUCAAGCACGAGCCGUCCGAAGACAGCGACGGAUCUGCGGAGAAACCUGCACGACCGCCUAAGCCCGCGCGUUUGUCGCCGGCGCGCGCACCGCUCUGCGAGUACGUGCAGGUGGAGCCGCGCCCGCCCGAGCGCCGCCCACGCCGCGUCGAUACGGAAGACUACCGCUGCAAGGAGUACGAGCUCAUGACCAACUUCAUGAGCCACUCGCGGCCCUCUGAAGACGACGCUCCGCCCGCGGUGCCUCCACGAGGACAGACGGCGAGUCGAGCUCGCCUGCACCCGAAGCCCGAGCUGGAAGUGUCCAAGACGACCGACGGUCGCUCCUCUCCUCUGUAUGGCACGUUGUGCGGAUCGACGGGCAGCCUGCCGAGCGACGAAAUACGCGACGAUGAGAAUGAAUGUUUGCUCGAUAAACGGGAUGGACGCCCUACAAGCAAAAUUGACACGGUUUCAAACGACGACAGUCUCCUCGACGAGCUCCAGAGGGAUGCGUACUGCGUUCUGAAAGUCUGCGAGGACGAUUCUCCCGAGGAUGAACCCAAAAAAGACGUGGUCGUCGAGUCGACGGAUAAGAAGGAGAAGGAGGACUACGGUAUGUUUUCCAGAAUAAGUAUCCAGAGAAAAUCGAAUCCGAUCAAAACUCAUUCGAACUCGACGAAGCCCCUGAAAACUUCGAACUCGACGUCGAACGUUCACGACGUCGGGGCGACACCGUCGCGACCCCUCGCGGAACGUCUCACGCCGUUCUUUUUCAAGAAGAAACCGAAGCCCCCAGACGAGGCGCAGGCAGCUAGCAGGAGCGCGCGCAAGGAGGACAAUCUCAUCGGAAGGCUGACGCCCCGCUUCGGGCAGUCGCGGCUCUACGGGCGCGGCCAGUCGCUCGAGCUCGCGCCGCCCGAGAGCCGCACCAAGCGCAUCGAGCGCUCCGCCACCACCGUCAACAUACCGCGGGAGUCGAGGCAUAUGAACUCUUCCAUAGUGGCCAACCUUAAAUUUCUGAGCCUACAUCGGUACGGCGCGCAGGAGGACGUGCAGUGCCGCGCGUUCGUGCGCACGGAUGCGGAAGGCGCGGGGGGCGGCGCGGCGGGCGCGGCGGCCGCGGCGGACGCUCGCGGCACGGGCGGCGCGGGCGGCGCUGCCGGCGGCGACACGCUGGACGCGCCCGCGUGGCGGCGGCCGCACGCGGCCUCGUUGCUGGCCGCGGCCACUAGCGACAUCCGCCUCUAGAGCCGCCGGCCCACGGCUGUGAACGAACUCGACUAGUGACGUAUUUAUUUCUACUAUAUUUUUCGACCUCCUUUUCGUCGACCUGAAUCGUGUGCCUCCUUUAGUUCGUAGCGGUUUCUCUGAAAGAAUACUGGUACGAUUAGAUUGUAAUAAUGAUAGCGUAAAUACUCAAAGGUGCCAAGCGUUGUGUGACCUCGUCGCCGAUCGACGACCUCUCAUUCCUGUAGCAUAAUAAAUUAUGAAAUUCUGAAUAUUAUGCUAGAAUUGUUGUUUUCUAUUUCGGUGUCUCUUAUCAUCCGAUCUAGUGAGCAAUAUAAAAUUGUAUAUUUUUGUAUAACAUUGAAGUUUGUGCAUUUUAUAAGAGAUUAAAAUACUAUAAUGACAUGAUAUUUUCAGAAAAUAUUCAUGGAAUAUGCUAUUUUUAAUUGCCACCACUGAAACUGAAUAAUUUGUAUGUUUGUCAUAAUUGUAAUUUUUGAGUUGUUUAUGUCAUAUAUGAAAAGUAUUGCACAAUAUUUAGCAUUAAUUGUAACUCAAUUUUUGCACGAAUAAGAUGUACUUAAGUUUGAUAUUAUUGACUCAUCUUCCAUUAGAGAAACUAAAGUGUGUGUCUAUUGCAUCCAGUGUAUUUUAAAUAUGUAGUAAUAUAUCACGGCCUUAACGAUGCUGUCGCGCCUACGAUAACGGCCUUCAAGUUGUAAACACCAUUAAUUAAACUGUGAUUCACUUUACAAACUCGGCUCAUAUUGUAAAAGUAGAUUAAAAUAAUUUGUACAUACUAUCCAGUCAAUUGAAAAUUGUCGAAUAUUAAUACCCAUAUGGGAGAUACAUUUUAGAUGAUUUCUUAGUGUUAAUAAUUAAUUAUUUUUACGAUAGUUUCGGAUAUAGGUAUUGUUUAGAUGUAUAAACACUCAGUUUGUAUUUUAUUUGCGUUGUUGUCCUCUGAGUAUAGAGGGAUAUUUUAAUUUAACUAUAAUGAGAAUAAAAUAUUGUACAAAUUAAUAUUUCGUAAAAAUAUACAUAUUAUGUUAUUUAUUUCACCUAUUUUCAUUUUGUUAAUAAAAUUUCACAUAAGUAUAAACUUUGAA